GUUGAAAUCAGCGAAGAAAUACGACUACAGCGUUCGACCUGAAGGGACGUAAUAUACUUUGUAGCAUACGUAGUGGAAACUCUGGUUGCCCCACAGCGAUGAAGGUAGAUGUUUGAAGACAAUGCUUGAGUCAUGAGCAGUGUGGGCUUAUUUGUCCGGGCCACACAGGAGGACCGACGCUGGACGGAGGGAGAUCGAACAGAGGGGGAGAGAAGACGAGCUGCCCUGCUGAGUGGAGAGGAGGUCAACGACUACUACAGGUGUCUGCUCACAGAGGAGGGAGGAGAUGGAUGCAGAAUCAGGAUAGACGAGAAUCGGGCUACGCAACCACGGCCUGGAGGUCGUGGAAGAAGACCACAUCGACGGGAAGCAGGAAAUGCUGGAAUCCCCCCUGGUGGAAGUGUGAGUGUGGUGCAGGAACGCGAGGGCCACUGUCUGCUCCGCUGUGCUCAGGAUGGAGACGUACGGGUGCUCCGACAGCUCCUAAGCCAGGGAUGCAACGUGAACUUCCACGAUGCCUUCUACUGGACGCCCGUGAUGUGUGCCAGUCACGCAGGACAGAGGGAGGUCCUGCGACUGCUUCUGCAGGCUGGAGCCGCCUGGGUUGGAGUUGUUGACACACAGGGCAGGGAUGCCCGUGACCUCGCCAUGCUUGCAGGCCAUCAGGAUGUGGUACGCGAACUGGAGGAGUUCAGCAUCACAGAGAACUCGGAUACACCUUUGGAGGAUGCACCCAGUGCUAGUGCUCAGUGGUGUGCAGUGUGUCAAGUGACUUACACAGACAGCACUCGCACACACAGUUCCUCCACACUGCACCAGUUCAGUGUGAAGCGCCCCCUGAUGGCACCCCACUACUGCCUCCCACCCUCCAGUACCAGCUACAAGAUGAUGCUGCGUUCAGGCUGGGACCCUGCCUCCGGCCUUGGCCCUGCCCACACAGGCCGCAGACACCCAGUCGGCACGGUGCUGAAGCAGAAUCAGGCUGGGCUGGGCUAUGGCCCACCCCUGCAGGCCAGGGUCACACACUUCCAGGCGAAGGACCCGCAGGCAGUACGGCGGGCACCUAAGGAGCGUCAGGACAGGAAGGAGAGAGGGAGGACGCUGAGGAGGAGAGAGCAGAGAGACAGAGACUGGGAGAUGAGCUAUCGCACCUCUUUCCACCUCGACGCCUGAAUUCUAAUCUCCGAUUCGUUUAUCAGACUAUACUCCUUCUGAACUCUGAGGUUUGAUUGGUUUAUCCACCUUUGCAUUCUGAUUGGUGUGCCUGGAUGACAUGAGUGAACCCAGUGGAUGGGAGAAUACCAUAUGACAUGGCCUUGGCUUAUUUAAUGUGCUGUACUAACUGGUUUGUCUAGUAUUAUGGUUCUCGCACAUAUUUGGACUUCAGUGGACACUGGAGUUUGUCUAACGCUAAUACAUAUUGGCUGUAAUGUAAACGAAACACUGAUCUAGCAACAAUGUGAUAACUCCACUUGCACUGUGCAUCAGACUUCACAACAGAUUCUACUCCCUGCCUGGCAGGAGAUGGUGGACAUGCAUUUUGGGGAAAAGGCACACAAACAUCCUGACCUCAUACCUGAAGAUAUUCAGGAUCUUCCUGAACAGAUGUGAAAGGAAGUGUGAGUGACUGAAGAACCUUUGCAUGUAGCGAGCUUCUUUUUGAGAUGGGAUGAAUGGAAGGUGUCUAAUAGUUUAUCACCACAAGCAUAAAAUGUUGUUGUAGGCUUUUCUCUUUGGCUGUUCAGAAUUGUCUUGGUACAGACUUUUUCAGGGGUGGAAAAAAGCAUGAACUGUUUUACAAACACUGCAUCAGUGUCUUAGGUUCUAAGCAAUGUCUGUGCAAAAAAAAAAAAAGGUUAUUAUACUUUCACCAGAAGCCCAGCAGGGGUCAGUGUUUCUGGUGUUUUGCCGCACAAUCCGCCACCUCAGCUGAUUGUCAAACCUUCAUGGACAUGAUCCAAGUGUGUUGGAGCAGGUAAAACACAAAACAUGCUACUGUCAGAUCAUGUCCUGAAUGGAAACACCAAUGCCAUAAAAGAACAGUCUGUUUAAAAAAAAAAAAAAAAAAAAAAAAAAAAAAAAGUUCUAAACAUACAGUAUGUGGUAGAUAAUGCGCUAAUCAAUGUCAUAGUAAAUGAUGCUGCACUUUCUGUAAUUAAAGACACACAUGCUUGGCAGAGCAGGCAUGUCACAGCUGUUUCCCUGCCAUGUGCUGCCUGCGCUGCGAUAUAUUCACUUCCUGCUCACACUCAGUUCAGAUGAGCUCUGCCCUUGGCUGUAUGAUAAGACUGAGCACAGGUUCACUGUUUUAAUGAUGCUUUUAUAGUGUUUACGAACCUUUCACCUGGUACAGCUCUCUCUCUCUCUGCUUGCUCACUGACUUUUUAAAUAAUUAUUAAAAUUAAAAACCUUUUAAUAAAGAUAAGGAAAAGCUGUUUAUCCAUGGGAUUAUAUAUUGAUACUGUGUUGUGGAUUAAAUAUGAAAGGUGUUUAGAUAAGUGAACUGUAUUCAACAGAUUAUUAAGAUCCCUAUACAAAGUUCUUAAACACAUUUAGGAAAUGUGUGGGGUGAGAAUCAAGAACAUGAGAGCAGCUUUGGGUAGAAGGGUGGUGGCCACGGCUCACCUGUCCGACUUUAGUUCAGUGAGCUACCUCAUUGUUCGUUUGAAAAACCAGAUCACCUACAUUUUGUUGAAACAGGAGAAUGUGCUGUGUCACGUUGGCCCUUAAUGUCUGUAAGGACAUGCCCAGGCAUGUCCCACAUACUCUGAAUGCAUAAGUGUCUGCAGAGAGUUGCCAGAUUGUUGUUUUUAAAGUACUUUGAAAUAUGAUCAUGUGAUUUUAUCGAGAAAUGUAGAACUGCAGAGAAUUCUGUAAUUCUAGUAGUUGAGCUAAUUCUAAAGCUUGUUGUACUCUGUUCUUUUCUUUCUAUUCCAAUGAAAGGAAUAUGACUCUUGUGUUAAUA